AUGGGGAGCUUGUUAGCGCUGGAGAUCGUUUGGCAUCUCCCUUCCAUGGAAGGAGGUAUAUGUUCGAAAAGAGUGUUUCAGUUUUUGCGAGAUUUUUCCCUGUAUUUGGUGUCCUUGGUUGUCAUGGAGAUUAGCUUGGACAGAUGGGUGGAGUUUAUCUCCCCCGUAAAAGGAUGGUGGCCGGCGAUUUGGAUGACACAUGUCAAUGUCACCUUCACGGUAAAACCGAUCUGCGCUCCACAAACAUUCCUCUAUCCGAACGAGCAGAAUACCCCGAUCUACAAUGUCAUAUCCCUCGUGAUCAUUUACCUCGUUCCCAUGACGACAACACUACUUUGCUACGGAAGCAUUAUGAGAAGGAUUGACCUGGUGUAUAGAAUGCGUCUGAACGAACUUGGUUACGCUUCGGCGGAAGUCGAUAAGCCCCACAAGACCGGAAGGAUGACGCUUUUAAGUGGCAAACGGUUUACAUACUCGGCUCCGAAGCGGCUUCGAAAUGAAAUCUCUUUAAAACCAUGGACCCCGGAUGACACAAUAACUUACUCCACCUCGAACCCCUACUUCGCCGGACUUCCUCUAACGGAAGCGAAAACCGCGGCAACAAAAUUAGCAGUGAUGAUCGUCGGCUCCUUUGCGUUUUGUUGGACACCUUGUGUCGCCAUGAAUUUGUGGUAUAUGCUUGACGCUGAGAGCGCUAUGCACCUGUCGCCAUGGAUACAAGAAGCUGUGUACCUGAUCGUUUCUGCCAACGCGAUCGCCAAUCCACUCCUUUACGCUGGAAAUGCCGACAUGGAGGAAUUGCUUGGAGAAACUUGUGGUUCGUGGGGGACGAAGGAUACCCAGUAAAAUUUAAAACAACCGGGAAAAUUUCUGUAUGUACG